CAAAUGAUCGAAACACUAGCAUCACCAAAAACAUUCAAUAAUAAAUCACAUCGAAUUCGAAUUGUUUUAUAUUUCUUCAUCAUUACGAUUAACAACUAAAAUUAAAAGAUUUUUACCAUGUCAUUCAUAUAUCGAUCAGUGAUACGUAAAUUAGAUCCAUUGAUUCCAAUAAAAUUACGUCCAAUUUGGGAACAUGAAGCUGGCCCUAAAACCGUAUUUUUUUGGUCACCAGUUAUCAAAUGGGGCCUUGUUAUAGCUGGAAUCUCUGAUUUAUCAAGACCUGUAGAAAAUCUUUCAGCUCGCCAAACAGCAUCAUUGGCAGCUACUGGUUUAAUUUGGUCUCGAUAUUCGUUGGUAAUUAUUCCAAAAAAUUGGGGCCUUUUUUCAGUAAACUUUUUUGUUGCUGCAACUAAUUUCGCUCAAUUAGGACGUAUUUAUUUACAUGAACCAAAUCAAAAAUCUUCCAAUGAUUCUUCUUUAUAGAAUAAAUAAUUAAAUUUUGAAUUAAAGAUUCAUGACAAAAUCAUUCCAAUCACAAAUU